AUGGAUGCUGUCAACAGCUCUGCCUUGCCGAUGAUCCCCGUGGAUGAGAACCUGAACGUGCCGCUGGCCACGCGCAACGCCUCCAAGGAGGCCGCGCGGAGGGACUUGGAGAACAACCGGCCCUCAUGCCUGAUCGGCUCCAUGCAGCAAGUGAACAAGAGGAUUGCUGAAAUCAACCUGGUUCCCAGCCUGUUGACCAACACCCUGGCAAUUGAGAGAUUUGAAAUGGAGAAGAAGGCUGUAAAAGAGAAAAGUCGCAGCAGCCCGGGAGACAGAGAGGAGCUGCUCACCUAUUUCUCUCCCCACCCCAUCCCCUACUCCCGUUCCUCAGCAGCCAAGAGACCACCAGCCACGGAAGGGGAUUUGUGCAGAGACCUUGACCUCAAGAGCACCAGAUCCUUCAUGACGAAGCGGGUGAGGCACCUGGGCGGGGCGCUGUUUCCUGAGCAGCUGCUGACCCCUGGCCGGGAGAUCCUUGCUGCUCAGACAGUGAUCAUGAUGGACAAAUGCGGGAUCUUCAAACACCUCCAUGACCCCAACAUUUCUAAAACAGCCGAUAAGAACCUGCUGGUGGAGCUGUAUCAGUACCCAGCCUUUGACAACACCAAGCCCAACGAGCUUCCCAAUGCGGUGGCCUUCUGCGACAUGGUGGGCAACGUGGUCCGGGCUGAGAGAAACCCUGUCAGUGGCAAGUCCUUCUGUUCGGAUAAAGAGUUGAAGAAGUUCCUCUCGGCUCCCCUCCUGAAAUCCUUGUGGCUGGACAGCUUCUGGUGGCUUUUUCAUGAAAGGUACCAGCCCAACAUCGAGACCCAGAAGAAGCUCUUCGACCGGGCGGCUCGGUGCUAUGCCCUGCUGCUGCUCCGGGAGCCCAGGUCCCACUAUGAAGAGGCACUUUUGCAGAGGUUGCCAUCACUUCUGAGCAAAGCUGUGUACACCAGCUUCUGCUGCUGCUUCCCACAGUCCUGGUUCAACACCCCCGAGUUCAAGGCCUAUGUGUGCAACACGAUAAACCUGUGGAUUGCAGGCACCUACCCUUGCCCGCAGAGUUAUGCCAACUGGAACUACUCGGAGCUGGACCCGGAGCGAUCCCGCAGGGCAGAGUUAAUGUUUCAGAGAAAGAGGAUGAUGAGGGGAAGAGAUUUUUAUUUCUUCACUUCUAAGAGACAUUUUUCCCGGAAGCCAACCCAGAGCAGGAAAUCCUAUUAUGCCCAGUCCUGCCCCGCCGGCCGGAAUCCUCCACUGACAUCAAACCUCUUCAACAUCUACGGGAAGAGCCCCCUGAUCGUGUACUUCCUGCAGAACUACUGCGUUCUGUCGCAGUAUGGCAUGGACGUGCUGGUGGCCCGGAAGGAGCAGACCAAGGCCGUCCCAGACUCCACCUUGACCUAUGCGGAGCUCAUCGCCCUGACGCUGAACAACAUGCAGAAGCGAAAGGACAACUUCCGCCAGCUGACCCGGCUUCACUGGAGCGAAUGGAAUUACUUCAACAAUUACCUGCGGGAACUGCGGGAGAACUUCUUGAGGGAUGUAAAGACUAUGAAUAAAAGAGCAGCCGAGAAAAAGAAGGCUGACCACAGGUUCAUCCCACCUUCGUCCUUGGCUGAGGAACGGCCAGAAAAGAAGUCCGGAGGAAGUCAGCACAUGGAAACAGUGUUUCUUAUAAGGAAGGACAAGAAAGAGGAGGAAAGAGCGGAAAAACAGAGACUAAGCCUUCUCCCCUCUCACUAUACCACCCCAAUGAGCUCCAUUCCCUGGAAGAAGGAGAGCCCCAACAGGACCUGGGACAUUUCUGAGAGCAGGGAGGCUGAGCUCAUCACGAAGUCCAGAGCCACGCCGAGUCCGAGUCCGGGGCCACCCAUCCUCAGCCUCUCGCCCUCCAGCUCAAACGAGUGA